UUGAUAGCGGAAGACUGUGAGAUGGUGGUCGUGUAAGUAAGUGUAAACGUGGGGUGGCUAUUGUUUCCAUGCAUACAGGUGACACUGCUGUGGGAGGAAGUUCUGAUGAUUAUUUUCCCCCUUGUGAGUGUUUAUAAAAGUGCAAGUUGUGGUGGGCUAUGAGGUAUUACACAUCAAGCUCGAAAGAGAGAAGAUGAGGUCUGCGUCGAUAUUUCUUCUGCUGUGCAUGGCAGCAAUGCUGCUUGGCGAUGCCAACUGCCAAAGGAAUGCUCGUUCCUCCUGCCCUUGUCUUAAAACAACGAACACUGUUCUACGCAAGGAAAACAUUUUAAGUUACAAGCGACAAACAGCAGGUGUCUGCCAUAUUGAUGCCAUUGUAUUCACAACAGGGAAAAACACAAUAGUUUGCUCCGAUCCACGAAAGCUUUGGGUGAAGAAAGCCGUGGAAUAUUUGGACAACAAAAAGAAACCAGUUAAACCCACAGCACGUCCCGUAAACUCCACAUCAACAUUAAAAACAACAUUAGGGUUGAACACAGGAUCACAAAGGAGUACAGCAAAGAAUUGCAAGAAUUGAGUCGUCUUACCUGAAAUAUGGAUUUUUUUUAACAUAUAGCAUAAAUAACAUAUUAUUCAAUAUGAUAUAUAUAUAUUGUGCUGGUGUUUAACGUAUUUGCACUUGGUUAAUUUAAAUCAUAUUCAUGAAUGUAUUUUCCCUUUUAGUUCUUUCAGUUCUUUUCUACAUGCCAAAUGUUAUUAAUAACUGAUGAACAUGUUUGUGGUGCAUGGUGUCUGCAAUAAUAAUGCAAAGUUAUGUUAUUUCAUAAUGCAUUAAUAUAUAUAUGCAUUUAUUGUAACAUAUAUAUUGUGCUGGUGCUUAAUGUAUUUGCACUUGGUUAAUUUAGGCCAUAUACGUGAAUGUAUAUUUUUAUUUUACGCAAAAAAGUGAACACUCACAACCGGAGCAGUGGGCAGCUAUAUCUAGCACCCGUGGAGCAAUUGGGGUUAAGAUGCCUUGCUCGAGGGCAUCUCAGUCGCACCCUGCCAGGUCUGAGACUUAAACCAGCAACUCUCAGGUUAUAAUCUGGACUUUAUGCAAUGUGCAUUGAGCAUGCCAGUAGAUGUGUAUUAGAAAAUAAAAUCAAUUAUUUUAAAAGAGUAAAUGGAUAACCCAUAACUGGCUUUACAAUACAAUAUAGUGUUCUUUCACAAACAACUUUGGCCUUGUUGUGUGUGUACAGUAUGUGUUUUGUUUGGAGCUCAUUCAAUAAACGUUGUAUACUCAA